CGGGAUCUCUUGGCUGAGGGGGGGGCUCGGCGGUCGCGCUUUUGGGGCCCCUCCCCGUUUCUCUCGGGCGGGAGGGGCCGCUGGCGGGGAGAGAGAGCGCGUAGGGGAGGCAGGGACGCCUCGGGGCUGCUUCAGGCGAAGCGGCGGCGAGCGGCGUCCUCGCCCGCUGACCGACUGGACGGACUGACAAAGACGCCGGCUGAGGAGAGCGGCGGAGGCGGCGGCGGGGGGUGGGGGCACAGUCGCUCUUUUGGCCCCUCCCCGCUUCUGCCAGGUGGGCGGGGGGAGCCGAGGCAGGAGACUCUCCCAGGCGGCGGCGGCGGCGGCUGCUUGAGGCGAAGCGGCGGAGAGCAGCGCGCGCGCCGGUCCAUCCUCGCCCGCGGACUGGACAGGACUGACUGAGGCGGGGGGGGGGAGAGAGAGAGAGACCCGCUCUGCGGGCCGGCUGAGGCGGGCGCGUCUCCUCGGCCCCUCCCCGUUUCCCCGGGGCGGGAGGGGGCGAGGCAGGACGCCGCGGCGGCGGCUGCCCUGGGCUGAGCGGCACCAUGGCCGGGGACGGGCUGCGGGGCAGGGGCCGGCGGCGGCGGCGGCGGCAGCGGCGGCACCAGCGGCUUCUCCCCCCUGCCCGCUGCUAGCCAUGGCCAAUGGCAGCGGCGGCGGCGGCGGCGGCUCCAGCGGCUCCAGCUACUACGCGGGCGGCGGCAGCGGCAGCCUUAGGAUGAGCAGCCCGGCCGGCGGCGGCGGCGGCGGCAGCAGCCUGAACGCGGCUUCGUCCUCGGCGCCCGCCCGCGCCUCCAACGCGCUCAUCAUCCCGCUCACCAUGGAGGUGCCCUGCGACAGCGGGCAGCGCAUGUGGUGGGCCUUCCUGGCUUCCUCCAUGGUCACCUUCUUCGGGGGCCUCUUCAUCAUCCUGCUCUGGAGGACCCUCAAGUACCUGUGGACCGUCUGCUGCCACUGCGGGGCCAAGGAGAAGCUAGAUGGCAUCAUUAACAUCUCCCAACAUCAUUCACAUCUCCAAAGCUCCUCAAGGCAGGACAAGAAGCAACGGAUAGAAACUCAUCAAAGAGAGAGGCAACAUGGAACUAAGGAGAAAUUAAAUCCCCAAAUGAUAAUGCAUUAUCUUAAAGAAGAUUAA